CCACCACACACACACCUUUGAUCAGUCGAUCAAUCAACUGAUACAACGAUGGAGCAAAUUGAUCAACUCUUCUGUCAGUACGUGCUCGACGAGUUUCGUCGCCACAAACAUCGCAAGUACGUGGUCUCUUUCAAAGGCCCAGUCGAUGCUACCAAGGUUCCUACGUAUCGUAAUGUCAUUCAAGCACCCAUAGACAUCGCCACGAUCACUUCUAAGCUUCAAAAUGAUGGCUACGAUAGCGCUGUCGCUUUUAAGCGCGAUUUCGAUCUGAUGUUCGACAACUGCGACGUUUUCAACGCUGGCCAUCCUCCCAGCGCUGUAUACGAACAGGGCAAGCAGUUUCGCGAGCAGUUCGAGUCGGUGUGGCAAGAGCAAGGCGUUUGGAUCAAGAAGCAUCAUCCUGAGAGUUUCGAGGAACGCCAUCGUAUGUCUUCUGAAAGUAACACUAUGCAAGAGCCUCCCGCGAAGAAGCAACGCCUCUACAACACACGCCACAGCUCAAAUGCAUCGUCUUCACUUUCUACCCCAGCAAUGCCGAGAACGGAUACUCUCGUCACCUCUACCUCCAGGAUCGAACAAGAUGCUACCUUAAAUGAGGCUGUUUUCAACGAUCCUCCUGCCGCCGAAAUCAACACCACUCAGGUCUCCAGAAGCAGUGCCACCAGAUCUGAAAAUGACCCUGCAUCCAAUCAGGCUACCAUCAGCGAGACACCCACCCUCGGAGAGCCACCUCAAGCUCAGCUCAACACCGCUUGGGAGACAUUUCGAGAGCAGCUGAGAGCCCUGGUGAGAGUCGAGGCUCAGGCUUUGCUCGACGACACCGCCAUAAAAUUGCCUUCGGAACCAAAUUUUAUCGCCAAAACAAUGUGGGCAGCCAUGGACGCAGAAGAAGAAGAAGAGGGUAAAGCCAGCUUCAGAAAGUGGAUCGAGCAGGCUGUGAACGAGCUCGCAAAAGUGCCCGUCAGAGAGGUUGGUGACGCGGUCAGGAUCGAAACAAGGAGAGCUCUGCUUGUAAUCACAGAGCACCAUUACGAUUACUUCAUCCAGAAGCUAGAUAGACAGCUCGCUGAAGUACGGGCUAGAUUCGAGGAGUAGAGGCGGUCGACGACGAAACAUUGCUUAUAUAGCUAUUCUACGAACAAUUCAGAGAUCUUGAAAAUCAUUGUG